AUGGGCCUAUCAAGUCUUCCAGCACCAUCUGAAGGAGUGUUGUGCAUAAUUCUAGUAAACACUGCCAUGUCAAUAUCCAUAUUCAAAGGGAUUAUCAAAACCAUCCUACAUAUCAUUGGCAUCAUUGCUUCACCACCAUCCUCCUCAACUUCAGACGAUUCAUUUGAGUUCCAUCUCAGUCCUUCAGAUGAUUUCAUUCAAGAGUUCAGAAGCAUGACACCAACACUGAGGUUUGAGAGUGUGUGUAGUAGCUGCAAAGAGCCUGAACAUGAUUGUUCAGUGUGUCUCACUCAAUUUGAACCAGAAUCAGAGAUAAACUACUGUUUAUCUUGUGGACAUGUUUUCCAUAAAGUGUGUUUGGAGAAGUGGUUGGACUAUUGGAACAUUACAUGUCCACUUUGUAGGACUCCUUUAAUUCCUGAAGAUGAUGCAUCUUGCUUUUCAUGA